AGGCUCUGAUAGAGCAGGGCCUGCCGCCGCUGCGGGAGCACAGGGAAGACGACGCGGAGUCGUUCUGCUCCGCCAUCUCCCAGACAAGCGACCCGGAGAAAGAGGCGCAGCCCCUGACCGUCGCGGAGAAGGCCCAACCGGCGGCCUCCUCGCACGCGCACCCCGCGCACGCGGAGGAGCGCGCCGCGCGGCGGCCCGCGGCCGCCGCGGCGCUCCCGGGCGCGCCGCGGGGGAACUGCGAGGCCUCCUCCGAGCAGGAGCCGUUGAGGAAUUCGCACUUCGCGGCGGAUGGGCCGACCGGCUCGUCCUCCCAGCUGCCGAUGUCCCUCGUGCAGCCCCCGCCGUCGCACGGCGGCCUGUUCGCCUGCUGCAGGCGGCGGAGGCGGCCGCCGCUGGCGGACGGCUUCGAGCUCGUGUAGCGGCGCCGUGCGCCGCUGGGCAGGCGAGCUUGAUGCCCAUUCUGCGAUGGGGCCGCCAAGCCGCGAGUGGUGGGCCGCGCCGCGCCAUCGGAGAA